AUGCGGCACAAGAUCCUGGCGCUCAUCGUCCGCUACGGCGUGCCCGCGAUCUGGUUCACGAUCAACCCAAAUGACAUUACGAACCCAGUGAAGCUCCGGCUGGCAGCGUACCGCACGCGCGACCCCGAGGCGGCCGAGGCGUUCCUGCGAAGCCUCGAUAUGUCGUUCAAACGGGUCCGGCUAUCCGUCUCCGACCCGAUGAGCUCGGCCAUGUUCUUCCAUCGCGAGAUGGCGCUGUUCUUCGAGCAUUACGUAAAUGCAGGGGGGGGGGAGUCGGUGUUCGGGCGCAUCAGCCAGUAUUACGGUGCCGUGGAGACCAACGAACGAGGCUCCCAUCACGUCCACGGGCUGCUCUGGCUACACGGGAACGCGCACCUGGGCUCGAUGCUCGCCGACGCCCACGGCGAGGAACAGGCGGCGUACCGCGAGCGGAUCGUCCGCUAUGUCGAUAGCGUCUUCUGCGAGGACCUGGACCAGGAGGGGUUUUGCGCCGUCCACGCGGAGCGUUCGGUGACGUCCGAUGUCUCGUCCCUGCUGGACAGUGCCGAGCGGUUCUCGGCCGCAUUCGAAGAGGAAGCCAACUUCUGCGCCGGCGCGACGCAGAUCGACACCCAUAGUCCGACAUGCGUCAAGUACUCCCUGGGUGACAAGGGAGGAAAGGGCGACCUCUGUCGCUUCAAGGCGCCAUGGAAGCUGGUGGAGAAGACGGCCUUCUCGCCGGACGGCGUGCUGCGGAUCCGUAGGACGCAUCCCAUGGUGAAUCGAUGGAAUAAGGCCAUCGCCGUGGGGCUCCGCCACAACCACGACAUCUCCUUCAUAGCGACGCAGCGGAAGACCAUGGCGCUCGUCUACUACGUCACGAACUACGCGACCAAGGUAGAGGACCCGACGUGGAAGCGCGUCGCCGCCGCGGCGGAUCUACUGCCCGUCGUCUCGGCCGGGGAGGACGCCGGAAGUGGCGUCGUGGGCGGUGAUGAUGGAACCAAGAACAAGACACGGCAGUUUCUUAUGAGAGUGGCGAACCGUGUCUUCACGGAGCGGGCUCUGUCCCAAGUCGAGGUCGUCGCCCAUCUGCUAGGGUACCCAAGCGAGUUCACGAGCAGCAGCGCCUGGGCGUACCUAAACGUGUCGGUGCUCUACUGGCACGUCUCGAGACGGUGGCGACACCUUCGACAGGAGAGCGGCACCGCGGUCGCUGACGUGUCCGUAGAUGAGUCGGUCGUCGUGGAAGAAGCGGGCGAACGGAUCAGCUUCGCCGAGGCGUACCAUCAUCGCGGAAACGUCCUACGAGGCUUAUGCCUAUACGACUACGUUUCGCUCGUCAGGCUCCAACGCGUCGGCAAGGACGGGUGCUCCGGUGCCUGGGGAGAGGUGGCGUUCGAGAGCGGCUGGGUGGCGGGUAAAGACUGGGUGCAGGUAUUGAGGCGGCCGGGGAAGCAUGCCGUCGUCUGCCUUGACGGGUACCUAAGCAAGGAUUUUGAAGAGGACGACGAGGGAUCAUGCCAUCGCAGGUCAGCCGUGCAGCAUCUUGCGUUGUUCACCCCGUGGGAGGCCUUUCUUAGCGAGGAGCGAGGCGACAUCAACGACAUAUGGAGGCGCGCGCGGGAGCAGCUUCCGCCGAGAACCUCGUGCCUCGUCGACAACGUUCAAUUGCUCAGGCGUUCCGCCGAGGACGCCAAGCGAGACGCCAAGCAAUGGGCAGCCUCGUCCGGCGACGGGGAGGGGGGGGAGGGGCAGGGCCAGGGCCAAGCGGAUCACGAGGCGGCAUCGGCGUACCAGUCGGACGACGUCGGAAUGGCGACGCGACUGAUUGACGUCGUGCGAAGCGCGGCCGGGGCGAACCAGAUCACGGCGGGAUCGCAGGAGCUUUCGGGAAUGAUGCAGCAGCUCUGCCGCUUCCAACAAUCCGCACUAGCCUCGACGGCCGAGCUCCAGGCCACCAUGGUGACCGAACGGGGCGGGAGGUACAUCAACAUGCCCGGCCAGGUGUUCUCCGGGGCCGCCGUGCCGCCGCAGGAUCAGGUCAGGGCCAUCAAGUCGCAGCAGACUUGCGCCUCCAGGGAGAGGGUGAAGAUGAUCCAGGGCAUACAAAGCAUGGCCCCGGCCCACGGCACCGAUCGCGGCGCAGCGGCGCGGAGCGUGCUGACCGGCUUCGGGGAGGAAGACGUGCAGAUGACGGGAGCGGCAGCUGAGGAGACGGCAGGUAACGCGCAGGCCGGCAUGGAAAUCCGCCUCGGCCCGUCGACCUCCUUCCUCGAGGCUGGGAAAGGCUUAAGAACACGGUUGACGCUGAACAAGAAACAGGCGAUCGCCUUCUCGAUAAUAUGCCGCCACCUGGACUCGAUGCGGGAAAGAGACGGAGGCGACGUCAGCCAGCUCUGCCAGUUCGUCGGCGGCGAGGGCGGCACCGGCAAGUCGCGCGUCAUCGAAGCACUCGUGGGCCUCUUCGCCGCCAAGGGUAUCUCGAGUCGCCUGCUGGUCACGGCGACGUCGGGGACCGCCGCCGCACGGGUCAACGGCAUCACCAUCCACUCCGCCUGCGGCUUCACCAAGGACCAAGGGCCGGGCGAGAACACGGCGAGGAACGUCGACGGCUCCCGGAUGGACUGGCAGGACAAGGACGUGCUCGUCAUCGACGAGGUGAGCAUGCUCGGCGCGCGGACGCUGCACGCCGUCAACGAGCGGCUCUGCCAGCUCCGGGGAUCGCGGCGGGACUUCGGCGGCAUCCCCAUCGUCCUCUUCUGCGGGGACUUCCACCAGUUCCGCCCGGUCCAGGAGCGGUCGAUCCUGCUGCCGAGCGCCGCCGUCUCGUGGGACGAGGACAGCUCGUUCAGGGCCGAGCGGCACCACCAGCACGACAGGGCGCACGCGCUGUGGAGGCGGUUCACGACCGUCGUCAUGCUGGACGAGCAGAUGCGCGCCGCCGGCGACCCGGAGCUGCAGGGGCUCCUGCGGCGGAUCCGACGGGGCGUGCAGGACCACGCGGACCUGGACCUCCUCAACUCGAGGUGCCACCGGGAAGGCAGGCGGAUCCCGUGGGAAACGGGCAUCACGGUGGUGACGCCGCUCAACAGGAACCGGUGGAACCUCAACAUGGAGGCGAGCCUGGCGUUCCAGAUGCAGCAGCGGUCGACGGUGCGCAUCUUCCUCUCCGAACACAAGUGGAAGGACGGCCUGCCGACCGAGGAAGAGGCCAUCACGAUGCUGAACCAGGGCGACGACAGCGCGAUCCCGCUGAUCUCGGCCGACAUGACGAUCCACUUCGGGCCGCCGGCGGCGAUCAUACUGGGGUCGGAGACGACCAAGGACUUCCACUUCGUCGGGAUGCCGGCCGGCACCAUCCUGCUGACGCCCAUGAGCGUCAGGGUCCAGCGUCAGCGGAAGCGACCGUGGCAGCAGAACGACGUCAGCCGCAAGGGCCUGCCGUGCGCCGCCGCCUUCGCGUGCACGGAUUACAAGGUGCAGGGGGGGACGCUGGAGCGCGUGGCGCUCGAGCUGCGGGGGACGAGGACGACCAACGUCGGCGGACGCGCCGUCCCGUCGCAGUGCGACCCGUACAGCCUGUACGUGCAGCUAUCGCGGUGCCCGACGCUGGACGGCAUCAUGCUCGUGUCGAAGGCGAGACUGGAGGAACUAAGCGACAGAAGCGUUCGGGAGGCGCUGUGCUGGCUCGGCGACGACUUGGACGCCGCGAGGCAAGAGAGGGAAGGCUUGGUGAGGCACGACGUCGUCGGACGCCGCGGGAACGGCUGA